AUGAGGUCUCUAUCACUUCUUACCAUCUUCGUUGCCUUUUGGGCACCGUUGGCGUCGGCAGUAAAGCUGCUAGAAUCCAAUGCGCUGAACGUGUGCAUGGAGAGUAGCAAUUUCACGGCGCAAUAUUUCAAUGUUGUUUACUAUCCCGGCAACAACUCACUCAUUGUUGGCUUUGACGGCGUAUCAUACAUCUCCGGCAAGGUCGUCGCAGACAUCACUCUCACCGCAUAUGGAAUCAAGUUUUACCAGAUGACUAUCAAUCCUUGCGACAUCGAGGGGAUGGGUAUGUGCCCCAUGGCUCCAGGCCCCAUCGAUCUCCAGGAUGUCUCCCUGCCCAUCUCGGGGGACACCGCUUCUAACAUUCCUGGUAAGUCAAACUCGGCGGACCGAAAAUCAGUUAUGGAGAAAUUUACUCACAACUCACAACUAGACAUGGCUUAUACGAUUCCCGAUCUUGACGCGAACCUACAAAUCGUGAUUAAGAAACAAGAUACUCUGGAGAAGAUCGCCUGUGUUGAAGCACAACUUUCGAAUGGAAAGACCGUCUAUCAAAUAGGCGUUGCUUGGGCGACUGCCAUCAUCUCCGGCUUGGGUCUAGCCGCUUCCGCCAUCACAUCUGGACUGGGCCAUUCCAACACUGCUGCACACGUUGCAGCGAACGCCCUCUCGCUCUUUGGAUUUUUCCAAAGCCAGGCCAUGAUCGGCAUGACAUCGGUUCAUAGUCCUCCGAUCUUCGAAUCCUGGACUCAGAACUUCCAGUGGAGUAUGGGAAUCAUUCGCAUCGGUUUCUUGCAGGAUAUCUGCACUUGGUACCAGCGCUCUACCGGCGGUACCCCUUCUACGGUGCUUUCGUCACUCAGUAACACAUCUGUGGAGGUGUUAAAGCGCCGCAAACGUGACUUGAUCGACCCAGCCCUUGCGCUGAUGAAGAGAGGGAUGAAUACGCUCGCCAAGCGCGCUGAUUCCAGCCAGAAGGUGCAGGUUGUACGUGGUAUCGAUCGUGCCGGAUUCCGCGCGAGAAUCGAAGAAACCAAUAUCUUCUUGACUGGCCUAAUCUUCUUCACUGUCUUCGUUUGCCUUGUGAUCAUCAUCGUUGCGUCUUUUAAGGGAAUUUGCGAGCUACUUGCAAAGCACGGCAAGAUGAAGAGUGACAAAUUCCAGGACUUCCGCAAUGGAUGGCGCGUCGUUCUUCGGGGUAUCUUGUUCCGUCUCGCUCUGAUCGGAUUUCCGCAAAUGUGUGUUCUUUGCCUAUGGGAGUUCACUCAGCGCGACUCGGCCGCAGAGGUCGUCUUGGCUGUAGUCAUGAUCCUCUCGUUGCUUAUUGCCUUGGGCUGGGCUUCCCAGAAGGUCAUCCGUCUAGCCAAGCGCUCCGUCACAAUGCACAAGAACCCGGCCUAUAUCCUCUACUCGGAUCCUUCUGCUUUGAACAAGUGGGGCUUCUUGUACGUGCAGUAUCGCGCGACUGCAUACUACUUCGUCGUGCCGUUCCUCGUUUAUGUCCUGGUCAAGGGUAUGUUCAUCGGCCUCAGUCAGCCGGCUCCCGUUGUUCAAACUAUCGCCCUUUUGGUACUUGAGACCGCCAUGUUGAUCAGUGUGUGCGUCAUCCGGCCAUGGAUGGACAAGAAGACCAACGUCUUCAACAUCUCGAUUGCAGUCAUCAACUUCCUCAAUGUCGUCUUCCUGCUGGUCUUCUCGAAUGUUUUCAACCCACCUGGCAUGGCAAUCGCCUUUAUGGGAGUCAUCAUUGUCGUCAUCAACGCAGUAUUCUCCCUCGUAUUGCUCAUCCUGGUGUUGAUUGCCUCCGGCUAUGCUAUCUUCUCACGCAAUCCCGAUACCCGAUACCAGCCAAUGCGUGAUGACCGGGGCUCCUUCAUCAAGUCGCAGACCCAGCUGACAACGGAACUGGAUGCUCUGAGUGCUACCGCUCGCGGUGACAUGAAGCCCCAUCCUUACGAACACAGCCCGUUUGACGACUCGACAUCUAUCUCCAGCGGCAACAACCAUCAGCAAAUGAACGCAGCAAACUCGACUCACAACGUCAACCGUCAAUUAUCACCGGUUGACCCGUCCGUGCCGCUCUUCCCAGGCGGUCCCUCCAAUAACCACCAAGGUCCCCCGCCUGGGUACGACCAGUUCGGCCGGUCAGCAUCGCCUGCAUUAAGAAACCAUGAUAAUGCACCCAUCGGUGCCUCGGCCCUCGACACCAACUACAGACAACAAAACAGUGCCAGUCCAUGGCAACGAGGAGCUGGUUAUGACCAUUAG